ACAGAAGAGGAGCAGCGCAAUGACAAGGAGCUCAUCAAAAGGGAGGCGGAGUCGAGACGUGUGGAACUUGUGACCUCGUCGUCUCAGCCAAUCAGAACCAACCACAUCAAUUGGGGCGAUGAAACCCACCGUCAACAGCCGCAUCACCUUCCUGUCCCUCCACCCCCCUCUCUCCCACCUCCUCAAGUCCCCAUUGCUGUCAUCCCGAUGGUCCCAGUUGUCACUGCGACGCCCUCGGUCCCACGCCUUCCCCUUACAACACAAAUUGCUGCAGCGGCGACGUCCUUCAACGGCUCGCCGCCAGCCAAGAACGCUUCCUCCCCUCCACAGCAGCAGCAGCCGGCCUCCCCUCACCUUUUGUGCAGCCCCCAGUUUAAGGUCGAGACUGCCCAAAUUAAGUUAGACAAUUCUCAGAUUAAGAUGGAGACUUCCCCAGUUAAGAUAGAAACUACCCCAAUUAAGGUAGAGACUGGUCCACAGCUGAUUGAUGCAAAGCCCAGCCAAUCACAGCCUCAGGUUCAGAUUCAGUACUCAGCCUCCAUCAGCACUAACGGCCCCAGCUCUCAACAUGCACUGGUUCCCCAUCAAGCUCCCCCUUCAUCUCAGCCGCGGCCUAAUGGGGUGACGAUGGAGGACCUGAGAGGGAUGGAAGGGAAGAGGAGACCAGGAGGAGCGGGGACCAGAGAGGUGCAUAAUAAGCUGGAGAAGAACAGGCGAGCGCACCUCAAAGAGUGUUUCGAGACGCUGAAGAAGAACGUUCCAAAUGUGGAUGAGAAGAAAACCUCCAACCUCAGUGUUCUGCGGAGUGCUUUGCGUUACAUACAG